AAGCCACAAUGCUUCCCGGAGUACGGCAUAGCUCGCCUGGACGAGGCAGCAAAAAACAUCGACUAUCUUCACGAUGUUGCGGACACUAUAUGUGUGGUGCAACUAGGAGGCUGCGCUCGCCCAUCCCAUCUGGGACAUUCUUCCAUUUUCUUCUGUAAUAAAUUAGACUAUCCUAUCCGAACCAUGUGUGGAGAUCUCAUCAAAGCUGCCACGAAGCUGUCUAAGGCCUGCCGCUUCGGAAGCCAUUAUACCUUUGGUUAUAUAGCUAAUAGCACCUCAGGAACCAACAGUUCUCCAUAUGUGGUGGCUCUAGGCGAUGAUUAUGCUAUUGGGGCGCGUUGA